AUGGCGGAGGUGGUGGAGAGCUGUAGACAUAUGGUGGUGGUGGAGAGUUGUAUACGACCUUUGGAGAAGGAGAGUAGUAUGGUGGAGGUGGUGGGGAACUGUAGACGUAUGGCGGUGGUGGAGAUUUGUAUUCGACCUUUGGGGAAGGAGAAUAGUAUGGUGGAGGGGGUGGUGAACUGUAGACGUAUGGCGGUGGUGGAGAUUUGUAGUCUACCUUCGGGGAAGGAGAGUAGUAUGAUGGAGGUGGUGGGGAGCUGUAGACGUAUGGCGGUGGUGGAGACUUGUAGUUUAUCUUUGGGGAAGGAGAGUAGUAUGGUGGAGGUGGUGGGGAACUGUAGAUAUAUGGUUUUGGAUGUGGUGUAUAUUUAG